UCUAAGAGAGGGAACAGGGCUGAUGCAGAGAAAAGCACUUACCACUGUACUUGGGAGCGCUUUGUAAAUGUCCGAGCGCACAGUGUGGCACUCAGUCUGCGCUCUGCAGCUACAUAGACUAUGUUCAGUCACCGCAAGGCUGAAUUGAUUUUAUAACAAAGAAGGAAGAAACUGUGAGAGACCGAUUACAGGGUACCUACACAUUGGAGAGUGGGCUAUGUUGUACUCUUUAACACUAACAGAACCUGGAAAUUAAACUUAAAAAAACACAUCUAGCCUUUUUAAGGCUACACUGGACUGAACUGUUCUCGAGUUAACUGCACAUCUCAGGAGUGAAUUAUUUCUUGCGCCUUUUUAAAAAAAACUCAGCUCCAACUGUGAAGAGGGGGAGAAAAGAGCUGAGUUUGCUUUAAAGUGAAUCGGAGGACCAAGGAGAGGGAGAGAGAAAGAGCAAGUACUUUGCUCUCCCACAUAACUGGACAGCAUGGUGCAGAAAAUGAGCCACACAGAGAGCACCGCCGAGGCGCUGUCCUUUUUUGCCGGGGACUCGAGUUCCGACUCCGGAGCAUGCAUGGAUAUGGACCCGGCAGCCUCACCUCUCUCCCCGGACUCUACAGCCUCUUCGACUGCCGGGGACAAACUAGGAGAAAACCCGGCAUGGUGUAAAACUCCCAGCGGCCACAUCAAGAGACCCAUGAACGCAUUUAUGGUGUGGUCACAGAUAGAGAGGAGAAAGAUUAUGGAGCAGUCUCCUGACAUGCACAACGCCGAGAUCUCCAAAAGACUGGGGAAGCGAUGGAAGCUGCUCAGAGACAGCGACAAGAUCCCCUUCAUCAGAGAGGCGGAGCGGCUCAGACUCAAGCACAUGGCGGACUAUCCCGACUACAAGUACCGGCCGAGGAAGAAGGUAAAAUCAAGCGCCUCCAAGCCUGGUAGCAAUGGGGACAAGGGAGAGAAACUCAACAGUAGCUCUAACAACACCAGCACUAAGACAUCCUCAUCUUCGAGGAAGAAUGGAUCCAAAUCACCCAGCAGCAGCAAAACCCACAAAUCACUUUUCGGGAGCAGCAGCAGCAGUAGCACCAAAGCAUCAACGUUUGCCUCUGAGCACUCAUCAGAGCACCAUCACAACUCUCUCUACAAGUCAAAAUCAGUCUCCUCCGCAGCCAAGCAGAUACCGGAUGGCAAGAAGCCCAAGCGGGUGUACGUCUUCAGCAGCAGCGGGGCCAGCUUGAGCCUUAGCCCCGCUUCCUCCGUCGCUGUCCCGGCCAGCCCCACACUCAGCAGCUCGGCGGACUCCAGCGACCCUUUGAGCCUGUAUGAGGACACGGCCAGCGGCAGGGAGGAAGGAGGCGAGUCCCCCGGCAGCAGCGGCAGCCCGGGCGGCUCCUCAGAGCGCCACGGCCAGCACACAUACAGCAGUCGGCGGGCUUCCUCACCGACUCCCUCCGGCUCUCACUCCUCCGCCUCGUCCUCGUCCUCUUCUUCGGAGGAUGAAGAGUUUGAGGACGACUUACUCGACAUUAACCCCAGCCCAAGCUUUGAUAGCAUGUCGUUGGGGAGUUUUAGCUCCUCGGUGCUGGACAGGGACUUGGAUUUGAACUUUGAGUCUGGCUCCGGGGGCUCCCACUUUGAGUUCCCCGACUACUGCACGCCCGAAGUCAGCGAGAUGAUCUCCGGGGACUGGCUGGAAUCCACCAUCUCCAACCUGGUGUUCACAUACUGAGUGUGCUGAAGGUAAAACAAAAGCAAACUACAGGUAGCCUAGUGUCCUGCAAGCAAAGAUAUGACCACAAACAGAACCAGGGGUCUGUGGUGCAGUGGGCGUAAUAGUUUGUGUUCUAACUACACCAGACUAGUAAAAACCCCACUGAAACUAGACCCCGUCCCUUCUCGGCCAUAUAGACAAGAGUUGCAAGUCCUGGGAAAAGCUCAACUUUGAAGCGAAUAACUUGCUUUUUGCAGGCUACUUUUCUUUGGAUGUGUGGACUGUGGGACUUGGUACAACCACGAAAAAGUGGUGGGAGUGCAAAACAAGAGAAGAGAAGGAGAGAAAAUGAGAGACUGGCUGGGUUUCCUGUUAGUGAAACGCUCAGUCCUGGACUGUUUUGAACUGAACAACUUAACUGUGAUUGAUUUGCACGUUAUGCGGUCCGCCGUUCACUUAAUCAAUGUUGUUGCUGAUUUUAGAAAAGGGACAUUUCACAACUUUUUACCGUUCGCCAAGUGAAUUUCACCACUAAAGGUACAGAAAUAGGACUGUCGCGCGACAUUUUUACUGUGGUGUGUCACCGAGAGGGAUUUUUAAUGAAACCGAGGUGGGUUGAUGUUUUUUUUAAAAGUCGAAUAUUUUCUCAAAAGCAAAAAACAUGUUAAGCAUGAUAGCUUACUUUGUUCCUAUCUUGUGCUGAGAUUUUCUGUGAGACUGUCAAGCAGUUUAAAAACUAGUAUUAGGGUUAUUUAAAUGGAUAGGUGGCGCUCGCUUCGGUUCUUCUCUUUAAAAAAAGGACAUUGAAAUAAUCACCAGCUGUUGUAAUUUUUCAAACUUCAGGAUUCAGACGCAACUUCAAAUCUGUGCUGAACUUUAUACACGUGUUCUCUGCGAUUCAGGACCAAAAUUCUUUAAUGUUAAUUUCAGAUGAUGGCUAUGGAGAAAUCCUCAACGAUUUUCUUUUUUCAUCCUCCGAGCUUUGUUUUGUACAUGUAUUCAGAUGCCAUUUUAUAUGGGAUGUUGUAUUUAUAUACUGGGCCAAGCAUUUUUGACUUGAUCAUUUUUUUUAAAUUUUCUUGUAGUCCUUUUUUUCUUUUCUUACACAGUUGUUUGUCAGUAUGUCUGUGUCUGUCACAUUUCCUUCUCAGGCGAAGGGCUAGAGUUUAAAAAAAACACAACUUUUAUUUCUUUUUAUAUUUAAAUGUACACACUUUUGGACACUUAAAAGAGAGGAAACAGUUUGAUUAUUUUCUCAGUGUAUUUUUGUACAAAUCUAUAUAGAAAAUGGGGGAGUCAACAAUCGGUGUGUGUAGCCUACUAAUACAGCUGUAUUGGGUUUCCUAAUUUUAAGACCCCGGCUGGCUGGUUUUCAUGCUGCCUUCAAGUGCUCAUGGUAAGCUCGUAUAUACGAGUUUUUCUUGCCUGAUCAAAUGCUUUUGUAAGGAGAACCAGCAAAACAGACCAUACGACACUGUGGUGACCAUUAAUUAAUUUUGGAAAUUAAUGGCACCAAAACUACUUUUUACUGUAGUGACAGAGGAGAUAAUCUGAAUCAGGUUUGUAAUUGAUGUAUCAUUUACUAAUUUGGCAACGUUUGUGAGACUUUUACCAGCAAAUAUUGGCAAGACUUACUUUGAUGUUCCAAUUCCUUGACAUCCCCUAUUGUCACUUAGGCAUCAGAUGCUUAACCACCCAGUUAUAAGGAUACAAUUACGAUUUUCCCGACAGCACUUGAAAGCAGCACCAGUCUUUAUCAGCCUACCUUCUACGUUUACAGUGCCAGUCUGCAGGCUCCUUAAAGACACAGGAACGCAUUAUUUCUGGAGGCUAUUCCUGUGGACCAUGUGGUUUGAACAGCAUCACUCUCUUAAGCAGCCACUCCUUUUUGCAUUUCCUGUCUGAUAUCUUGCCUGUGACAACAAAUGAGGAGAUUGUAGCUUUAAAUUUGACUUAUUUCUUGAUGUUUUCAUUAAUUGAUGUCAAAAUUGCCAAUCAACCACUGGAUUGAACAGGCUAUCAAUAUAGCAAACAAACAACAAGGAUGAUAACAUCAAGCAUAUUCAAAUUUCUGACUUGAGUUCCGCAACACCUACUUGUACUGCGUUUCUCAUUGUAUUUGAAUAUAUAAUCUUUUCUACUUGUCGGCUAACUAUUAGCUAAUAAUUGUUUUAGUAUCUUUAUGGCAUGGUGAAUAGCAUUUGUAUUUCAGAUUCAGGUUAUUAGCUGUUGUGUUUUUCAGAAAAAAUGAAAAAAUGAGAAAACGAUGAAACGUGAACUCGAUCUUUGUAUAUUUGACUGUAUCAUAAAGCAAAAAGAUUGUGUGUUUAUGUACUUUGUUGCUAUCGAGGACAGGCACUGUCUAGAACUGCUAUCUUUUACACAUCCUUACUUACAUUUAAGGUGGUCAGUUCAGGACUCUUUUUUUUAUAUAUAUAUAAAAGCAUUUUAAAUAUAUUAACUUUAUUUUUCAUCCAUCCUGUGCAAUAUGCUGUGUAGAAUUAUCAUUUAUUGUCUCUAAUCAUGCCAUAAACAAAGGAACCACCCUUUUUUUGAGGCUCAGAGAAAGGGGGGAGAACUCAUGCCAGCUAAAUUGUGUCCAUUUACUGCCUGUCAGAUUGUUGAUAUAAACUUGUGUACAGAACUUUU